GAUUGCUUUCAUCUUUGUUUGUGUAUUUUAUGUUUGAAGCAGAAAAUCAAAGACAAAAUGAACAAAGAUGUGAAAAAGAAAUAGAGGAUAUAAGAAAGGGAAGAGCUGGAAAUAUCACACCCAAUACCUCUCUUACUCAAUUCUCAGAGGAAGCACUUGAUGAACAGAAACACAGCGUCCGGAUCGCUGAUGAGAAAGUUGCACUGGCUAUGCAGGCAUAUGAUCUGGUGGAUAUGCAUGUUCAACAACUUGACCAGUAUAUGAAAAAAUCCGAGGAGAUCCGCAAAGAGAAAGAGGCUGCUGCUGCUGCAUUAGAACUGGAGAACAACGGGAAAGCCGGGAAUGCUGGUGAAGGUGGAAGAGGAGGGCGAAAGAAGACAAGGCUAGCAACAGCAGCGUCAACAGCAGCAGCAUCAACUGGGAUGACUUCAAGUAAUAUGGAUUUGGAUCUGCCUGUGGAUCCAAACGAACCAACUUACUGCAUCUGCAACCAAGUUAGCUAUGGCGAGAUGGUUGCGUGUGAUAACAAUGAGUGCAAGAUUGAGUGGUUCCAUUUCGGUUGCGUCGGUCUGAAAGAACAACCCAAGGGGAAAUGGUACUGCCCGGAUUGUGCUACAGUCAAAAAGAGCAGGAAAGGUCGAUGAUUUCAAUCUUCACGUCUGCUAUAAUCCAAACGUAUCUACUGUAAUCCAAACAGUUUAGUAUAUCAAACCAUGUAAGAUGUUGCCAUAUUAACUAUGGAUGGUAGAAAUCUUGUUUUGUUCUUAAGCUCUUUUGUUUGACAAAAUUAGUAAAUGACUCUGGGGUACUGAUACAUCUAUCAAUUCAGAAGCGAAGAAGCCAUUUAAUGAAGGUAAUCAUAACGA